GCUUUGUGCGCGCCUGGAACCCAGCUGUCGCCGCCCCUCGGAGCCCCCUGCCCCCGGCGGGCGCACAUUUCCGGGCCGCCCACCACCCCGACCGCGUCGAUAGCCGCUGCGCCUGCCUGCUCCGUGGCCGUCCCGCCCCAGUAGCCCCCGAAAUGCCGGUCGACUUCACCGGGUACUGGAAGAUGUUGGCCAACGAGAAUUUCGAGGAGUACCUGCGCGCUCUCGAUGUCAACGUGGCCUUGCGCAAAAUUGCCAACUUGCUGAAGCCAGACAAAGAGAUUGUGCAGGACGGCGACCAUAUGAUCAUCCGCACGCUGAGCACUUUCAGGAACUAUAUCAUGGACUUCCAGGUUGGGAAGGAGUUUGAGGAGGAUCUGACGGGCAUAGAUGACCGCAAGUGCAUGAUGCAGUUCUCUAUGUGUCAUUAUGCCCAUUUUGCGGAUGAGAAUCUGAGGCUCAGAGAGGUGAAGAACCUUUUUGACCCCAGGUCCCAGCCAGCUGGUGGCAGAGGAAGGAUUCUAACUGGUCUGUUUAUAAAGACCACGGUGAGCUGGGACGGGGACAAGCUCGAGUGUGUGCAGAAGGGGGAAAAGGAGGGACGCGGCUGGACCCAAUGGAUUGAGGGUGACGAGCUGCACCUGGAGAUGAGAGUGCAGGGUGUGGUCUGCAAGCAAGUAUUCAAGAAAGUGCACUGAAGCCUGAGCAGACCUUGAUCUCCAAGAAUGAGUGGCAUGGACGUGUGGGCCAGGAUCCCCUCCUUUGCACAGCAUGGGGCAGAAAUGUCCAGCCACUCCUAGGCAUCUGUUAGCAGAGUCUCUCUCUUGGCUUUGUCUCUUUUCUUUUCCUUAAAACGAAGCCAUCCCAAUAAAAGUGAUUUCUGCUCAA